AUGUUCGCCGCUCGCCGCUUCGCUACCAACGUUCCCCGCGUCCGGGUCCAGGCCGCUUUCUUCCACAAGACCGCGCCCGCUUUCGUUCAGAAGGGCGAUGCUAUCCCCGACCUGAACGUCCUCGUUGAGAACUCCCCGGCAACCAGGUCAACCUCGCCAAGGAGCUCAAGGGCAAGGGUGUUAUUGUCGGCGUUCCCGCUGCUUUCAGUACGCCCCGCCUGUUCCAGCACCCACGUCCCCGGCUUCAUCAACCACCCUAAGCUCAAGGAGGCAGGCCAGGUCUUCGUCGUCGCCGUCAACGACCCAUUUGUCACCAAGGCUUGGGCCGACUCCCUUGACCCCAACGGCAAGAGCGGCAUCCGCUUCCUGGGUGACCCGACCGCCAAGUUCAGCGAGGCUCUGGACCUGACCUUCGACAGCACCGCCAUCUUUGGCAACAUCCGCAGCAAGCGCUAUGCUCUCCUUGUUGAAGACGGCAAGGUGAAGGAGGCUUUUGUGGAGCCCGACAAUGCCGGUCUCAAUGUCUCCGCCGCCGAGAAGGUUCUCGAUCUCAUCUAGACUCGAUUACAGCAUAUAACGUAUUCAUGGAUGUGUUUAUCGUCCCUUUGCAUAUAUAGCAAGAUACCAAAGGACUUCAAUUUACAAAACAUGACUGAAUACGUCAACGCGCUAGUAAUUCGCGGCUAGCAGUAGAUGC